AGUGUGACGCAAUUUAUCACAGUACACUAUUCUAUUCAAUACUAGCCCUUUUAUUUAAAAGUUCCUUUGUCGACAAACAAAACAAAAAUACUACGGGUAUUAGGAAAUUUCACGCCCUUCAUUAAAAAUUUAAAUUCAACAAAGCACCCACAUAAACAAAAAUAAAUAUUUCAUUAUUAUUUGUAAUUACCAAGUGUAUACCACGCGACGUUUCUUACAUAGAAACUGAUAUUUUUUAAAGUAAUUAAUACAAAGAUUAAUUACAUUCAUUAACAUUUGUCUCGAAGUUAUCUUAUGUGCAACUGUAACACCGACGUCGACCUAUGACAUAUAAUUAUCACAGCUCUGAGGGUAGUUCAUUUUACAGUACUUUCGAUUAUUAUAUCACAGCAGUCGCCCGCAACACAAGUGCUAACGGUCCAAAAUGUGUAACAUUAAUUUAUUAUUCACGUUUUUAAUUAUAAUCGCUUUAGAUUAUACUGUGCGAGUCCAAGGUUAUAGGAGGUAUUAUGAUAAAAAAGGUAGAGAAACUGUAUUGGUUCUGGAAGGUGAAAGCUUUGAUUUGGAAUGCAAGGCAGACGUGGGACUAUCUUAUUGCGGGUUCCGCAAUCCUAUGGGGCAGAGAUUUUCUGUUGCAGAAUCUACUCUAAAAGCAGGAUACUGCUCCCUGAAGGUGAAGACCACAAAAACGGAUAAUGGCUUAUGGAUUUGCCACAUGGGUACACAUGUCACGGGACUGGAAAAAGUAAAAUUAAUCGAAGUUCGCGUAGUAGAUCCAGUAGCAGCUGUCUGGAAGAAUAUCUCCCUACUUCACCAUAGUCUUGGAUUAGUAUCCUGCGCCUCUAUUAGAGGAAUGAAACCUUUGACGUACUGCCGCUUCGAACCGCCCAAUGGACCACCGUUCAGCAUUAACGCUGAUAUAACGAAAGACAACCCAAUUCAAGGAAAAUAUUUCUUCCCAAGAAAUAAGAGUUUGGACCGUGGCGAUUGCGCUGUGAAUAUUCUCUUUACGUCGGAAGAAGACAUGGGUCUAUGGACCUGUGGGGCUAGCCUUGAGGAUGGAAAGGAAUACACCGACACCGUUUAUGUGUAUGUACAUGGCUUCUACAAAAUAACAACAGCUUCAGUGGCGCCAUAUUUACUCGGACUGCUUGGGUUUCUGCUCGUGGUCGUCGUAAUAGGCAUGGUUGUGUGGAGGCGGCAAUUGUGUGUGAAAAUAAGACCUAACGAAGAAGGUGACGUUCAUGAGAUGCAGGCGCUUCCAGGACCCUCGCGUACUCUAAGUUUGCCGAGACUGGUCGUAGAAUCACCAACGGAACCUAGUUCGUCAUUGUCUCACUCUCAGUGCUCAAAUUAAAAAAAAA